UAAAAAGAAUAAGAAGAAGGUUAGUGUUUUCAUAUAAAUUUCGUCUGUAAUGAAAAACUCUGCUGUAGAGUGGAAUAAGAAUGUCUAAUAUACCAACGUCUCUUUCCGAAGUUUGCCUUACUCUCUCCCGCCUUACCAUGUCCAUCGCCGAUCCUUGGCCCUUUUCAUAAAUCUCUUUUUUUUCUGUAACCAAACCCUUUUUGCUUUAUUCUUGUUAGCUCGUAGGAGAAAAAAAUACAUACAUAGAAAGGACAAGUCCCUCUUUUUGUUUUACGCUAUCCAUGGGGAAGAUAAGAGGCUUUAAGAUCGGGAAAAAGCUGGUCCGAAUCUCCAGAUGGUUCAUCGGGAAAUCUCGGUAUCCACGUGGAUAUAGUCCCUUGAUUCAAUCCGGAUCGUUUUGCAACUCAAACCCUUUCUCCAAGCUUAUUACUUGGGGUCGCCGCUUGACAGAAGGAGCCAAAUCUCUUUGCUCAGUGAAACCCGGGUCGGGUUACGUCUCCGUUGGUCAAGACCCCAUCAAAGAGGAAGUCCCGAAAGGACACUUGACCGUCUACGUUGGUAAAAAAGGCGGCGACUUUCAUAGAGUUUUGGUGCCGGUUAUUUACUUUAACCACCCUUUGUUCGGCGAGCUCUUGCGAGGAACCGAAGAGGAGUAUGGAUUUAGCCACCAAGGAGGAAUCACGAUUCCAUGCAGAUUCUCGGAGUUCGAGAGGGUCCAGACCCGGAUCGCAGCCGGAACCGGAGGGUGGAAAAUGUCGUGGAAGCGCCACCAUUGAGAGGCAGCUGCCGGUGGUGAUAAAGGUGGUUGAUAUUUAGAAUAUUUGAUAAUGACGAUAAUUAAUUCUGGUUAAUGAUUUGAUAACGAUGUUU